AUGAUCAAGUCCACUUUAAUCUUCAGAGACGAUGGUCUCCCACUAUGCUCAUCGGUCGACGAUGACACCGAUCCACAGCUUUCGGAGCAGAGAAAGAAAGUCAAAAUUCUGGUAUCGAGACUGACGCCCAACAGUGCCAACGAAGCGACUCUAGAGAGCGACAGCUUCGAAAUUCACUACAUUCGCGAAAACACAAUCGCCUACUUUGUCAUUGCAGAAAAAGGAUACCCACGAAACCUGGCGUUUUCGUACCUUAAGGAGGUGGCCCAGGAGUUUGAGCAUUCAUAUGGGAAUGAAUACGGCAAGCUGUCGGUGCGGCCCUACGCAUUUGUCACGUUCGACAACUUUUUGCAAAAGACUAAGAAACUGUACAGUGACAAGCGGGUCCAGAACAACUUGGACCAGUUGAAUCAGGACCUGAGUGGCGUCAAGCAGAUUAUGACCAAGAAUAUUGAAGACUUGCUCUACCGUGGCGACUCGCUUGACAAGAUGAGCGAUCUUAGCGCCUCGCUCAAACAAAACUCCAAGAAGUAUCGGAAAUCUGCGCAGAAAAUCAAUUUUGACCUACUAAUCAGCCAGUAUGCGCCGGUUGCCAUUGUGGCCUUCAUUUUUGUGUUUCUGAUCUGGUGGGUGUUCUUGAAAUGA